AUGGAGAAUGAUUUUGAUGAGGGUGUGUUUUACUACCGUAGUAACCGCAAGGAGAAGCGGGCGCUUAUCUAUGGCAUUUUUGGUGAUAGUAGUGACUCCGAUUAUGAGGAGGGAAAGCGCAAAAAGCAGCGGAAGAAAGAUUUCUCAGUUUCUAAGAAGCCAGACGUUACCAAGCCUGUUAACUUUGUCUCCACUGUAAUGCCCAACAAGGAAUUUCAUAUUGAUGAUGAUGAUAAGCGGCCUGUUAUGGGAGCUGGAGCAUCAUCUUUUGGCAUUGGAUCCUUUGAGAAGCAUACUAAGGGGAUUGGGAUGAAGCUGCUUGAAAAGAUGGGAUAUAAAGGAGGUGGCCUUGGCAAGAAUGAACAAGGUAUUACAGCUCCUAUUGAAUCAAAGUUGCGGCCUAAGAACAUGGGAAUGGGUUUCAAUGAAUACAAAGAGACUAAGCCAUUGGAAAGCCACAAAAGAGACAAGCCCUGGCUGAAGCAAGCUUCAAAAAAGAAGCUUUACAUAACGGUAGAAGAAUUGCUGGCCAGGAAGCAAGAGCAGGGUCUUCAUGUCGUUCAAAAGGUGUUUGAUAUUCCUAUGCCUGAACUUCAGCACAAUGCCAGAUUGGAGACAGUGGUUGCGUUGCAGAAAGAAAAGGAGAAACUCCAAGCUGAGGCAUUUCACCAGAAAAAGCAGCUUGAAAAUAUGAGGGGUCCACAACUUCGGGUACUGACAAACCUGGAGAACUUAAAUGCCGAAGAAAAAGCAAGGGAAAAUGAUAUUCCUAUGCCUGAACUUCAGCACAAUGCCAGAUUGAUUGUUGAUUUAGCAGAGCUUGACAUACAAAAAGAGAAGGAGACAGUGGUUGCGUUGCAGAAAGAAAAGGAGAAACUCCAAGCUGAGGCAUUUCACCAGAAAAAGCAGCUUGAAAAUAUGGAAGCCAUUAUGAAUGAAUUGGACCGGAUAGAUGAAGAAAGUAAAGAAGGUACAUUGACUCUUGAUUCACUUGUAAACUCGUUUAUGAACUUGCAACAACGUUAUGCUGAUGAUUAUAAACUCUAUAACCUGUCAUCUAUAGCGUGCUCGCACUCUCUGCCUCUGUUUAUUAGAGUAUUUCAGGGAUGGGACCCACUCCAAAAUCCAACACAUGGAUUAGAAAUUGUUUCCUCAUGGAAGAAUCUAUUGCAAGACAACUCUUUUGAUUUCUCUGAUAGUGAUAUGAGAUCUCCUUAUUCUCAGCUGUUUAUAGAAGUAGUCUUUCCUGCUGUAAGAAUAUCUAUGACCAACACUUGGCAGGCUAGGAAUCCAGAACCCAUGCUUCGAUUUUUGGCUUCUUGGGAGAAGUUGUUGCCUCCUGUAGUCCUUCACACCAUUCUGGAUAACAUUGUUUUGCCAAAAUUAUCAGCUGCUGUGGAUUCGUGGGAUCCACGUCGAGAGACAAUUCCAAUCCAUUCUUGGAUUCAUCCUUGGCUGCCCUUGUUGGGACAGAAGCUGGAAACAUGCUAUCAAACUAUACGUUGCAGAUUGCAAAGUGUACUUCGUGCUUGGCACCCAAGUGAUAUGUCUGCACACUACAUAUUGUCACCUUGGAAAACUGUGUUCGAUCCAAGCAGUUGGGAAAAAUUGAUGGUAAGAUUUAUUGUCCCAAAGUUGCUGUCUGUCAUGCAUGAGUUCCAAGUAAACCCAGCAAAUCAAAACCUUGAUCAGUUUUACUGGGUUCAGACAUGGGCUACUGCUAUUCCCAUUCAUCACAUGCUUCCACUUAUGGACAUCUUCUUCAACAAGUGGCAAGAAUUUCAUAAUAACAAUACGAAGCCUAACCAUACAUACUUCUCAGAAACUUCAUAA